AUGCCACCUCUUCGUGGAUUUUCGGACAACAAGUUUCAGGAUCGCAAUGAUGCCCUGACUGCGACCAAAGCCCUCAUUCGGGCGCUUGUGCCCUACUUCUCUCCGGGGAAGGCCCGCGUCCAACUGCCUGUCUACUCAGGUGCACAUUUUGACGAAACUGCGGCGCAACUUGAAGGCUUCGCACGGCCAAUCUGGGCAGUAGCUACCGCCGUAGCCGAGUCAUCAAAUAUCAUCGACCCGGAAGUCACCAAUUAUGUUCAGCAGUUGAUGGAAGGCCUUGCCAAUGGACUUGAUCCGGCUCAUCCUGAGUACUGGGGAGCUAUAGGAGAUUGGGACCAACGCAUGGUUGAAGCGGAGCCAAUCUCAUUUGCGCUUUUGAUAGGACCCAAACUUUUCUAUGAGCCGCUCUCGAAAGAGAGUCGCAUGCACCUAGUCAAAUGGCUAUCUGGUCUCAAUGGGAAAGUAAUGCCUGAGAAUAAUUGGCGCUGGUUCCGCAUCUUUUCAAAUCUUGCUCUAAGUCGCGUAUGUGGCGUUCCGCAUGAAGAUGUCAAGGAUUAUAUCGAGACCGACUUUUCCAUGCUUGAUCGAUUCGAUAUAGGGAAUGGAUGGUCCGCGGAUGGGAUCUGGAGGAAAGACAUUCGGGAGGGAGAAGAGAGAUACGGUCGCCAGGCAGACUAUUACUCGGGAAGCUUUGCGAUCCAGUUCAGCCAGUUGCUGUAUUGUAUCAUCGCGGAGAAGUCCGACCCUGAUCGAGUGGCACGCUACAAAUACCAGGCGAGAGAGUUUGCCAGUCAAUAUUGGAGGUACUUCGACGAGGAUGGUGCUUCCAUCCCAUUUGGGAGAUCAUUGACCUACCGAUUUGCCAUGGGUGCAUUCUACGCAGCCUUUGCUCUUGCCAAAUGCUAUGAUGAAACAAACCGCUACACAUCCGCCGGCUUCGUGAAAGGCAUGCUCUUCCGGCAUCUCAGAUGGUGGGCAAAGAAUUCGUCGCACAUGUUUGCAGUUGACGGGACCUUGACGAUAGGGUAUCUGUACCCGAAUAUGUUCAUGUGCGAGGAUUACAACUCUCCUCAGUCACCGUACUGGGCAAUGAAGUCUUUGGUCAUUCUGUCACUAGAGGAAGACGAUGAGUUCUGGACUGCGGCUGAAAUCCCCCACCCGUUGUCCUCAAUCUCCAUUGGCAGCGAGCCCGUCUCCGGAGUAGAGUUUCUGCCUGCGCCAUCUCAGAUCCUGUGUGACCAUCCGAAAGGUCAGCAUCACUUUAUGCUCUCUGGUGGCCAAUUCUGCGUGUGGCCCCUGAAAGCAACACAGGCAAAGUAUAGCAAAUUUGCCUACUCAUCGGCAUUUGGGUUCAGUGUCCCUACAGGCGGUCUAUUGGCCCAACUUGCCCCCGACAAUACGCUUGCUAUUAGCCGGGAUGAUGGCAAUACAUGGGCUACAAGAUGGGAGACCGUUGGCGGUCCCCGUGUGCUACCGAUCACCUUUGCCGAUACGAAAAUACAGUGUCUCCAGUGCACUUGGAAGCCUUGGAAAACCGAGGAAACGGAAAUCGAGACAACGCUCAUACCGCCAUGUGACACAUGGCCUGACUGGCAUGUCAGAAUCCACCGCAUUUGGAACCGGCGCAAAGAUUCUUCCGUUUCAGAAAAGUUCACUAUUGUUGAAGGAGGAUUUGCAAUUCAAGCGAAAGAACCACGACUGAUGGGCGAGUUGGAUCAAAACUGGGGAGGAGCAUCCCCUCAUGGAUGGACUCUGGAAACCAGUACUGGCUCAUUAAUACUCAGCAGCGCUGGCGUGAGUGGUCUGAAGAGUAUCAUUGACACAGAUACCAUAGCUGAAGGCAAGGUAUUGAAGUCGGAUCCAAACACGAAUCUAAUGGAACCGAAAGCAUUGAUCCCGACAAUCCAGCAUAACGUCGAGAUACAACCAGGGGAAAAGGCGGUGAUAGCCACAUCUGUUUUUGCUAUUGCAAACGGAAAGAAACAUUUUACCCACGAGGAAAUGUUUCAAAGAUGGUGCCAGCAGCCUCGUUUGGGAGAAGUGUUAAGUGAGAUAUAG